CGGCCAAACACAUCGGGAGUGGCUGUAUAGCAUGGUGUAAGGUAGACCUAGUGUAAAUUAAAAUUGAAUCAGUUUUUGCAGUUUAUGUUGUAGGAAACAUUACACGAACAUCUAUGUAAGCCAGGAUAACUGUGAUUCCCCAUGUGAAGCAAAAUGACCAGUUCCAUUACUUAAUGUCCACUGUACCCCUACAUCUCCCUCCUCCAACAUUGCUGAGACAUUUUCAGUGUGGUCAUUUCCUUGCAACAAACACAGAGAGAGAGAUUGUGAAUAAUACAAGAUGGUGAAACUAACAGUGGACUUGAUUGCUCGUGGUACCUCUGGUUACACGAAGCAGAAACGAGAAGAGACUGUUCAUCAAUACUUAAGACGAUUGACUCAUUUAUACCUUGAAAAUAGGGGGAUAGAUGCAAUAGGGGAUGAACUAGGACUUUGUCGUAACCUGACAGUGUUAUACUUGUAUGACAAUCAACUGACCAGUAUGCCCCUGCUGACACAAAACCAGAACCUUACUCAUCUGUAUCUACAGAACAACAACAUUUCUCACAUUGAAAAUCUCUCAAGUUUAAGAAGACUGACCAAGUUGUAUUUAGGGUAUAACAAGAUCACAGUUCUGGAAGGACUGGAAAAACUUGAGCAGCUACAGGAACUUCAUGUAGAGAACCAGUGCUUACCUUGUGGGGAGAAACUGCUACUGGACCCUAGAUCCCUUAAGGCACUGUCUAGAAGCUUGCAGAUCUUGAAUAUCAGCAGUAAUGGUUUGGAGAGUAUCAAAGAGUUGGAAUGGCUGAUCAAUCUUAAUCAGCUGAUGGCCAGUGACAAUAACUUGAAUGACAUGAGAGAGUUGGAUCAUGUUCUAAGCCAGGUGAAGCAGAUGUGGCGGCUGGAUUUGAUGGGAAAUCCCCUCUGUCACAAGGCUAAAUACAGAGACCGAGUAAUCAUUAUGUCACCUUCUUUAGAAAUGUUAGAUGGCAAAGAGAUCAGCAAGAUGUCAAAGCAGUUCCUGAUGAACUGGCAGGCUAAUCGAGUUGCUCAAAGGCGAAAGAUUGAAACGAUUGGCCGGCGAGCCACAUUAGAUGAAAUUCCCCUACAUUCAACAUCUAAAGAGUUACCUCCCACGAGUGCUGCUGCUGACAGACGUAGACUAACAAGCUAUAUAAUGCCAGGUCUACCAAGAAAAGAGUUUGACCAGGUUUUAGCCAGAUCAGUGAGUGUUCCCAACUCAUCUGUUCUCACAAAAAGACACCCUGGACCACAUAAAGCACACAGCGACUCUGCUCCUAGCAGAUUUCCAGAUAUCUCAAAGUCAAGAUUUUUAUCUGCACCAGAAGGCUUAAAUUGGCUUUGACUGUUUUCUUUCCAAAAGUCGUUUAAAUAUACAAUUUGUGGUAUGUUAAGUAUGUCAAUUGUAUUCAUUUUAACUUCUCACAUCUCUCAUUAAAAUUGGUACCCCUUCCCAUAAUGUUUGUAUGUGUACCUCCACGCUGUUGAAAAUUUGCUGCCCUUAACAAAAGUUUUGUGUGUGUGUGGUUCUGUGUGUUACUUACACAUUUACAUGUAUGUUAUCGAUGUGUAAAUAUAGGAAUCAUAUUUAUUUCAUUGUUGUUUUACUGAAGAAUAUUUCAAUAUAUACAUGUAUAUUGUACAACUAUGUGUGUGUGGCAACAGUCUGGUUUAUGGGUCAGGAGGAAACUAGGCAGAACCCUGAGGAUACCAAAGUAUCUCAUCAGGCACCUGACAACCCUCCAGAUUUAUAAAUCCUCAGCCUUGACCUUCGUACUGCCAGUAAUCUUCUAGAUCAGGACAACCACUAUUGCUAUUAUGUGACCCAGCCCCAAGUGCUCUUGAAAAUAGCAUAUAUUAUGAAGCUUUCUUGUGCCACUUGUGAUGUGUACAAUGCUGUGUUUCAAGCUCCACUGUCUAAUUUACAGCAGAUAUUUAUGCCAUGAUAAUUAGCAGGAAUGGUGAUCUUCAUGGUCAAGUAACUUAAGUUAAUUCUCAGAGUGAUGUAAACUGUGAGACUGCAUCACAAAAAUUGCUCAUUUUUAAAUUUAAUUCUGCUCCUAUGAGCUAUAUUUAAUGUUCUUAACCUUUUAAUCAAGGAUGUGAGUUUACUAUAGCAUAUAUACUAACACAGCCAAUGAGCAUUCAUAUUAAAGAUAAACUUGCUUUAGCUGACUUAUUCACUUUGAAUAAAUUGAUAAAUUAUUUCUUUAAUAAUAUUGUUUUCUCAUAAACUGCUUUGCCUCAUACAGUUAUAUGUAGACAUUGGUAUUUUGGGGGAAAACAUUAGACAAUUCAUUGACAGAAUUUUGCAAAAGUGGACCUCGAACUGACAUCUACAUUAUGCUAGUCAUAAUAUGCAGAUGUGUAGAUUGGGGUAAUCCAGAUCCACUAUUUUAAACUAAAUUAACUGAUUAUGUUUAAAUCCUGAUACUGAAACUUGUGCCAUUUAAAAAGACAAGAUGACUAAACACAAUAUAAUAAAUUAAAUGAUAUUUUCAUUCUAUAUGUAGCAUAUGUUCCUAAUUAAUUUAUUUCUAAAUAUCAGUGUUUUUGUGCCUUUUAAUAUUAAUCUUUAUGAUUGUGUGUGUAUAAAUAUCUUAGACUUUAUGCAAUGUAAUGUAAAUCCUUUGAAUCAGAUUUUAACCCUGUUUAAGUUUACUGCUAAGGCUUUCUUUGGUAAAUUACAUCAUAUGGUCAUUUUCGGAUGAAACAUAAAUGAAUGGGUAAUCAUAAUUUCAUGCUCAAAGAAAUGCUGAUCUAUCAAGAUACAUUCUAUGUUGUAUGUUGUAUUUGUCACAAUAUAUUCUCAUUGUUCAUAUUGCAUUCUCAGUAUCAUAAUCAGGGGGUACUACUGUCAGUGUCAAUCACAAAACACUAUUUUGUAUUUGUAUAGCACUUUGAGUCUCCUGUUUUCGUGACUGUCAGUUUUUGUAGGACAUUCUGAUUGUGAAAUAUUAGAGAAAGCAUUCAGUAAUUGUAGUACCAGACAAUCAAGUGCAUGUGUAUCUCAAAACUGACUUUUCUGAAGAAAGAGUUGUUGUCCUUUGUUGCAUUAUACCAUACCAUAUAAAGAGAGUUCACAUUUCUGUUUCAGGUUACUGAGCCAGUAUGGGGUCGUGAUUCGUGGAGCUAGUUGGUCAGUGAAGUCUUUGCAGAACCAGAUCCUCUCCCUUAGUCAGAUGCUACGUAAUCAACAGAUCAGACCAACAGUCAAUAAUUCUGCCUGAU